AUGUUUGAGUGCUGGGUCUCAGAUGAUCUGAUGAAGAUGCUGGAUGUAGAGGUCCUGGGCUGGUGUUUGAGUGUUGGGUCUCUUAUGAAGAUGUUGGAUGUAGAGGUCCUGGGCUGGUGUUUGAGUGUUGGGUCUCUUAUGAAGAUGCUGGAUGUAGAGGUCCUGGGCUGGUGUUUGAGUGUUGGGUCUCUUAUGAAGAUGCUGGAUGUAGAGGUCCUGGGCUGGUGUUUGAGUGUUGGGUCUCUUAUGAAGAUGCUGGAUGUAGAGGUCCUGGGCUGGUGUUUGAGUGUUGGGUCUCUUAUGAAGAUGCUGGAUGUAGAGGUCCUGGGCUGGUGUUUGAGUGUUGGGUCUCUUAUGAAGAUGCUGGAUGUAGAGGUCCUGGGCUGGUGGGACUGGGCCUACUUCUAUGAGACUCAUAAGAUGUCGUUUGAAGCGGCUCAGAAGUACUGCAGAACACAUCACACAGACCUGGUCACAAUCAGGAGCCUGCAGGAACACGACGCAAUCCAGCAGAAGAUCAUGAACACCAUGAGCACCACCAGCAGCAGCGCGUGGAUUGGACUGCGCAGGACGUGGGCGUGGUCAGACCAGAGUAGCUCCACCCACAGAGCCUGGGGGAGUGGCCAGCCCAGACUUCAACACAGUGAUCCUUGUCAUAAUUACACUGUGCUGAAUGAUCCCUGGAGGGCCACCACCAACCUGGACCAAUCAGUGCUCAAGUGUGACAAGAAUGUCCAGUGGCAGGGCUGGUAUCUGAUGGUCCACCAGGAAGUGCGUGUGCGGAUGCCUAACGUGUGUGUGCCUGAGAAGCGCUGUGGUACUCAAAUACCCCUCUGGAUGAAUGGAUCUCACCCCCACCCAGAGGAUGGCAUCGUGACCAGGGAGGUGUGUGGGCACUGGCAUAGUGACUGCUGCCAGUACAAUUCAACCCCCAUACAGGUUAAAGCUUGUCCUGGAAACUACACUGUUUACACAUUUAACAGUCCUCCAAGAUGUCCUUUGGCAUAUUGUGCAGAUCUGGGCAAUGAAGCGGUCCUUCCAACUACAACUCCUGUUGCAAUAACUCUAGAUUUGAGCAAUGAAGAAGUCCUUACAACUACAGCUCCUGCUCCAAUAACUUCAGAUGGCCUGGUCCUGGUGAGGGAGCAUGUCAGCUGGCAUGAUGCGCUGGCAGGCUGUAAGUCCCGGGGUCUGGAGCUGGUGUCCAUCCUCAGUGCGGAGCUGGCUGCGCGGGUACGAGUGCUGGCGCGCUCGGCCUCCACCCCCCACGUGUGGCUGGGGCUGCGCUACGCCUGCGGCCUGCGCGUCUGGUUCUGGGUGAGCGGGUGGAGCGUCUGCUACCAGGACUGGGCCCCUGGGAACCGGACCGGGGAAGUGCCACAGGGCUGGGGGACCGGCGCCCUGUCCAGAACCCAGCCCCAGCACUGGGUCAGCCUGCACCAACACACACCCCUCAACUUCAUCUGCAGCAAGUAGACAGGUGGAUGUGUGUGUUUGCAAAAUGUCUGGGACUCCAAAGUGCACAGUUUCUGCAGCAGUACUCUCCUGCCUCUGCUACCAAUCUUCA